AUGUUGCGCGACACACAAUCAACCAGUUCAAUACCAGCAGCAACUACUGUACCAUCAUCCAGCGUCGAGUUGCUCCGCUUUGUCGACGACGACAAUGAGGAUGAUGAUAAUGAUGAUGAUGCCGGCGAUAAUGAGCUGGAAAUGUUAUCGAAUGGUGUCAAACCACAAACUGAUAAUGCUAAUCUCAAACUGGGCGAUCAGGUGCGUCUGCUGACCAAGCAAUUGAAUGCCUUGAUGACACGGCGACGUGAGGAUUACGAAUUGCUCGAGCAUAAUUUACGCAAAUCCUUAAGGCUAACGACAAACGCGGCCAGCGUUGAUGCCGAUAUGCGCAGCGAAUUGGAUCAACUGAGACGCGAGGUGCAAAUGCUGCGUGCCACACACAGCGGCAACAAGGAACGCCUCACCGUCGAGUGGCUGCAACAGUCCAUUUCGGAGAUACGCAAACAGUUGGUGGAGCUUCAACGCACCGCCGGCAAUGUGGCCAAGGAUGUGAGACACGGGGGCGGUGCCUACGAGGAUUUAGCCACCAUACGCAACGAUUACCAACAGCUCAAACUCGAAUUGGCCGCUCAACGUGAGCGACAGCAGCAAACCGAGGUCAUUGUACAGGAAAUGCGGGAGGAAAUGAUGCAACAGGAGCAGGAAUUCAAGCACCAAUUGAAUAAGCAGCUGAAUGCGAACUCCAAGACAAAUGCAAUCCCCAAACAGCAGACAGUUGGCGAACAGUCGGCGAGCAUUGAGGAAUAUAGCGCAAGUCAGGAAGUCAGUCAAGAGGUGAGUUCCAACAGUGAACUCGCUGAUCAUCGUCGUCGCCAUUGCCGUUUCCAGCAACAACAAAUACACAAUUUGCAACUGACCCAACGGAACCUGCGACGUCAGAUGAAUGAACUGAAGUACCAUCAUAUUGACGAACGUGUGCGGAGCAUUGAGUUGGAGCAGCAUCGCAUAGCGAAUGCCAAUUUCAAUUUGAGCCGUCAAAUUGCGACACUGGACAAGCUGCAUACUUCGAUGUUGGAGCUGCUCGAGGAUGUUGAGGGUCUGCAAAGUAAAAUGGACAAGAACAUACCCGAGCUGCGGCACGAAAUCUCCAAGCUCGAGUUCGCCAAUGCACAAAUUAGCUCCGAGCAGAAUUUAGUACGCGAAGAGGGCAAAAAUGCGGCACGUUCCCUGCAGGCGAUGGCCGUCAGCGUUAGCGCGUUGCAGGAUGAACGCGAUGGUGUCAAGAAACUGGUCAACACCGUCGAGCAGCUGCAAACGAAUGUGGAUCGCGUUCAAACACUUGUCAACACUGAACUGCACAAUAAGCUAUCGCACUUGAACAAGCCACACAAGCGUCCACACAAUCAAAAGCAAUCGCAACUGCCGGAACUACAACUCACCGAUUUUGAAGGGGACAGCGACUUGGCCGAAACUCUGGUGGCCGAAUUGGAAAACGUUGAGGCACAAUACGAGGCAAUCGUAAAUAAAAUGCCACAGGACUGCAGCGAGCUUUCGACUCAGGUUGAUGGACUUCAUCUAAUCGCACCCGCUGGGCAGCAUCAUCCACUAAUGACACAUUGCAACGCUGAUGGCUGGACGACAGUGCAACGUCGCUUUGAUGGCAGCGCCGACUUCAAUCGCUCCUGGGCGGACUAUGCCCAAGGUUUUGGCACACCAGGCGGCGAGUAUUGGAUUGGCAAUGAGCAGCUGCAUCAUCUGACGUUGAACAACUGCACACAGCUGCAUGUGCACAUGCAGGAUAUCUAUGACAACAAUUGGGUGGCAGAAUACAAACAUUUCUAUAUAUCAUCGAGGGCAGAUGGCUAUAGGCUGCAUAUUGGCGGGUACAGUGGGAAUGCAUCGGAUGCUUUGAAUUAUCAGCAGGGCAUGCAGUUCUCGGCCAUUGACGAUGAUCGCGACAUAUCACAGACGCAUUGUGCUGCUAACUAUGAGGGUGGCUGGUGGUUCUCCCAUUGCCAGCACGCCAAUCUCAAUGGGCGCUACAAUCUUGGCCUGACUUGGUUUGAUGCGGGCCGCAAUGAAUGGAUUGCGGUCAGAUCAAGCCAAAUGAUGGUCAAGCGGCUGCCCAGCGACGAGUGUGCGCCAAGCAUUGGCAAUGGGGCGCCUGUGACAGUGACAACAACAUCCACAUCCACGACAACAGUCGAGCCCAGCACACGGCCAACCACUGUGGUGCAGUUCGUUGCCGCUGCGCAGGCGUAAGCAAUCAGCUAUUGAACCACAAUUGUAGCUAACAGCUUCAGUGAACCACCAGAGCCAUGCCUACUAUAGUUUGGAGUGCGUGCGUGUGAAACGCGCAAAAAAACCACAAAAAUAAUAUAUACCAUAUAUAUGUAUAGAAAUGUGUAAAGCAGAGUCAUAGAGGAUUAGGAGGAGAGUCGUGUGUACAUAGCUAGCUUUUGUCUAAGUUGUAGUUAAUACUAUUUCAAUGGAGCUUAUUAGCCUCGUCAUAAAAAGAAAAACUAUAUGAGAAGUGCUUAACAAUAGAAAGUACUCGUAUACUAGGCGUAUGCGUAAUCUAGUUAAAUCUAGCUCUAGUUUAUUGAACCAACUUGUCCAUGGAAAUGUAUGCAAACAAGCGUACAUAUUUGUUUUGUCUUUCAGCAGAUCUCAUAGAGACAUAAGUUCACGCAGCUCAAAGAAAACUGAUAAACUCUGAUAAACAAGUGAAAACAAAUUCUCAUUAAUCCCAUAAACAAACUUAAAUUAAAGUCAUUCUAAUACUCUAUUUUGGAGCAUAUCAUGAGCAGAACAAAUAAGUGCGUGGAUGUCUGCAGUUAUUUCCAUAAUAGCUACGAGUAAUCUUAGUUUAUAAGUGAAAGCCAGUCUCUAGUGUAGGCAUCUCAGACAAAUAAUAAAUAUACUUUUAAAAUGUCAACACCACACAACAAACAAACUUAUUCAAUAUGUGAAUAAAUUUGUGUGCUUCUGUGUAGAAAUUUAGUGUUACAUUUUAAGCGUCCAUAUCAAGUACAUUAUGUAGGCUUGAUUACAAAGAUUGAACGGUCAUUUAAGUCAUUAAGUAAAUAGUCCUAAUGUUGGUAAUUCUCAUUGUUGUAUUAUAAAUGUUAACAGCAUUAGCUUCUUAUCCCAGAUACACUACAAUUUCAAGCAUCAUUUUGUUCUUUAUGCAACAACCAACAAUUUACAUGUAUGCCAAAGACACACACAGAUACACAUACACAUACACACUUAUUAUAAUAAUUUAUGAAACUCGAGAAGCAACAAACUAUUUUCUGCAGUUUUGCAUAUACCAAAAAAUACAAAUAAAUAUAUAAUAUAAUACUAUAAUGAUAACAGCAAAAAACAAUUAUUGUUGGCUAAAAUUUCAGCUAAUUUAAGUGAAUAAAUGGAAUCUAUAUAUAUAUAAAUAUAUGUUAAGUAAAGUAUAUACUUGUAUACAUUAAUUUUAUGUACUUUACGUAUUAAGUGACUCGAAAAAAUGGAAAACUGGCCAUAGCCAGCGUAUUUUACAAUAAAUGAAUUGAUGUGAAUUUUCCUCUGCAA